GCCGUUUUGAAGGUUACGCUGCAUUCUCAGAAAAUGUGAUAACGUUUAUGUGCCCGAGAUAGUUGAAACGAAACUCCCGUCAAUUACCAACAUUAUUUAUUGCUGAAACAGUACAGUAUGUGACAUAAUUGCUAAGGAAGUAAUCCCCAAUCUCAGCAUGCCUAACUUCAGUAACCUCAAGCUGAGUGGGAUCAGCCUCCCAGUGAGGGUAACGGUAAUCUCGGUGACCCUGGGGGUGGCUUUGAUGGGAAUUCUGGCAGCUUAUUUUCGUCGUAGAAAGCGGUCAUCACCUCCAAGAAGACCCAGUGGUGUUCUGGAGAAGAAAGCGGUGCCAGCACCAGUGCUCAGUCCCAAUGGAGAUCUUCCCAAUAAAUCAGCCAGUGCAAUUGUCACGAGAAGCCAGUCCCCGAGAUCUUUGGUGAGAGACAAGUCCAACUCCAUGUCCAGCCUGGGAGGUGCCUCCACCAGUACACACUCCACUAUCUGUAACACCCCAGUCCCUGUAGACACCAGCUCUAUGUCAGCACAGGACCUCUGUCAGAUUGGUAUGGAGUCCCUGUCUUCAGCAAUCCGAGUUUGGGAAGAUGCCCUAGAAAAAUUGGAUGUCGACCAACAAGUGGACGAUGUUGAUGGGAAUCAAGAACACAUAGAACUAUCAGCCACAGAUCUGAGACAGCAAAUCAGCGACCUGCUGGACAAGGCGUAUGGUAUACAGGACGAGUACGAGCGCACGGUUGUCCGGCAGGUGGACAGCGCAGCACUGGACACAGCAAUGGCAGCACUGGCAGAUAUGAACCGCGAGUAUGAGCUGAAACAGAAGGCAUCGCGGGGUGACGAGGGGUCCAGCGAUGAUGAAGAUGAGGGGUCGUAUUUCUCUGCAGCAGAGACACCAGACCUCUCCGACUUGGACACUUUGAGAACUUUACACCACAAACAAAGGGCACUGUAUGAAGCUGGACUUUUAGAACUUAAAUUUGGCAGCAUUCCAUGUAGAACACUGAGGACAAAAACAUUAAAUUGCAGCUCAGAUGCAGAGUUUUUAGCCAAGCUCCACUGUGUCAGGCUGGCCCUGGGGGAAUUAUUAAAAGAUCACAGCAUACGAGAGUGGAUAGAAGAAACAGGGAAAGAAUUUAUUAGUUCAAUACUCAUCAAGGCUGACAGGGAUCCAGAAGACUUUUACACUUCUUAUGAUGAAAUGAUGGCGUAUAUCAAAAAUCCAGAUAACAUGGCCCAGGUUGAAGAGGAGCUGAUGAAGGGACGAGGGGUGAGAGCCAUUACAUUUUAUGAUGUGGCCCUGGACUUCAUCCUAAUGGAUGCUUUCGACGACCUCCAGAAUCCACCCAGCUCUCUGACCUCCGUCAUGGAGAACAGGUGGCUGUCUAAUGGGUUUAAAGAGACAGCUCUGGCCACCGCUGUGUGGUCAGUGCUCAAAGCAAAGAGGAGUAUGUUAAAGUUCUCAGACGGGUUCAUGGCCCACUUCUAUGCCAUAUCAGAGACAGUCAGCCCAGUGCUGGCCUGGGGGUUCAUGGGGCCAGUGGAGGAAAUGAGAAAUCUGUGUUUCUUCUUCAAGGGCCAAGUUCUGGGUUUUAUUCAAGACAUGUUUGACUUCCAAAAGGUCCGGUUUAACACCGUGGAGGAGCUUGCAGACGACAUAUUGCGCCUGAUCCGCGAGAGACGGGCGAUCCUGGCGGAGAAGUUAUUAACGUGACCAAAACUUUUCAUGGGAAACGGGAGCAUUUGUGAGGCAUAAUAUCUGAAGUCGGAAAAAUGACUUCAUAGGUAAAAAGGUACCUCGUGUGUUCAAGAAUCUGCCAGAAAACUUGUUUGGUCAAUUGAAACAAUCUGUAAAAUGUAAAAUGCGCUGGGUUGUGAUGAUUGUUCUGUGGUAAGACUAACAGAUCUGUAACUCAGGGUGCGUUUCUAUGUAACUUUAGAUUCAAAUCAUUUAUGAUCCUAUUGAUCUGGAAACACUGGUGCUGUAGACAGCAUUUUUACCACUAUCUAUCUCCCAUGUUGUUAACUUUAGUUAUAAUGGAAUGAAUUUAUGAAGACGAUAACCAGAAAGAUGAACAAAAUUCUUCCUCAGGUGUGUUUGGCAAAUUUCAAUGAUGCAGAAAAGUACAUUGUAGGUGUCAGGAUAAUAUCAAAAAUAUCUAACAGCAUUGUGAAGACAAACCAUUGAUAUCAAAAAAUUUCUUAAAUGACAUGUAAUGCGUGUAGAUAUAUUACAGGUUACAUAACGAUUGUGUUGUACAUAUAUACAUAUAUGUAUAAAGUUAUGUGAUAAAAUGUGUGUAAAUAAAAUUUUAGUUAUUGCUGCUGUGCAGAAAGUAAUUUUAAACACCAGUUUUGUUCUUAAAAACCUGCGUUGUGUUCCUUUUGUGUAAAACGAUAUACUGCAGCGUUCAAACGAUGUGAUACACACCCCCCUCUCAAAAGAGUUGAUAUGGAAAAAUGUGCCAGUAAAAAUUGACAUUUUUUUGUGGAUUAUGCACGUUAUUGUGAUACACAAU